AUGGCGGCUCACAAACCAGUGGAAUGGGUCCAGGCCGUGAUUACUAGAUUUGAUGAGCAGCUUCCCAUUAAAGUUGGACACCAGAACACCCACACCAAAGUCAGCACAGAGCACAACAAGGAAUGUCUAAUCAACAUCUCCAAGUACAAGUUCUCCCUCGUCAUCAGUGGGCUCACCACCAUCCUCAAAAAUGUCAACAACAUGCGGAUAUUUGGAGAAGCUUCUGAGAAGAACCUCUACCUCUCCCAGCUCAUCAUCCUGGACACCCUGGAGAAGUGUCUGGCUGGGCAAUCCAAGGACUGCUUGCGUCUGGAUGAGACCAUGCUGGUGAAGCAGCUGUUGCCGGAGAUCUGCCAUUUCAUCCAUACGUACCGCGAGGGCCACCAGCACGCUGCUGAGCUCCGGGCCUCAGCCUCUGCUGUCCUCUUCUCUCUGAGCUGCAACAACUUUAACGCCGUCUUCAGUCGAAUCUCCACCAGGCUGCAGGAGCUGACGGUGUGCUCUGAGGACAAUGUGGAUGUUCAUGACAUAGAGCUGAUGCAGUACAUCAAUGUGGACUGUUCCAAGCUGAAAAGGCUGCUACAAGAAACUGUGCUGAAGUUUAGAGCUCUCAAGAAGCCUGCCCAGCUUGCAGUCAUCAACAGUUUAGAGAAGGCAUUUUGGAAUUGGGUGGAGAAUUACCCAGAUGAGUUCACCAUGCUUUACCAGCGACCACAGGCAGAUAUGGCAGAAGCUGCAGAAAAGUUGUUUGACCUGGUGGACAGCUUUGCAGAGAGCGCCAAGAGGAAGGCAGCUGUGUGGCCGCUGCAGAUCAUCCUCCUCAUCCUCUGUCCAGAGAUCACACACACCAUCUCCAAAGACACUGUGGAAGACAGCAAGGCCAACAAGAAACUGUUUCUGGACAGUUUGCGGAAAGCAUUAGCGGGCCAGGGCAGUAAGCAGCUGAUGGAAAGCGCUGCUAUCGCUUGUGUCAAACUGUGCAAAGCCUCCACCUAUAUCAACUGGGAGGAUCACUCAACCAUUUUCCUUCUGGUCCAGUCCAUCGUCAUGGAUCUCAAGGCUCUGCUGUUCAACCCAGCCAAGCCCUUCUGGAGGGGGACAGGCAGUCAAAAUGCUGAUGUGGAGCUCAUGAUGGACUGCUUUGUCUCUUGUUUCCGCAUCAAUCCUCACAACAACCAGCACUUUAAGGUCUGUUUGGCCUCGUCCUCCCCCUCCACCUUUCACUUUGUCCUGGUCAACUCGUUGCACAGAAUAAUCACCAAUUCCCAUCUGGACUGGUGGCCUAAGAUCGAUGCAGUGUACUGCCACUCCGGAGAGCUUCGCUUAAUGUUCUCAGAUACCCUCAACCGGGUAAUCCAAGGCGCUGGCACCCACGCUCCACUACGCAUGACACCGAGUCUGACAUUCAAAGGGAAGAUGACCACCAGCCUUAAGUUCAAAGAGAAAGCCACAGAACUGGACACUCGAAGUUACAAGUGCCUCCUUCUCGCUCUGGUCAAACUCAUCCACGCUGACCCCAAACUGAUGUUGCACAACCCAGUGAAGCAAGCUCCAGAUAUGCAGAGUAGUACAGCAGAGCUCAUCACUGGCCUGGUGCAGUUAGUGCCUCUAACCAACACCACUCAGCUCUCACAAGAAGCCAUGGAGGCUCUGUUAGUUCUGCACCAGCCAGAGACCAUAGAGCUGUGGAAUCCUGAUGCCCCCAUAGAGACGUUCUGGGACAUCAGUUCACAGGUGAUCUUCCUUAUCUGCCGCAAACUGAUUGGUCAGCAAAUGGUUAAUGGGACAGAAGUUCUGAAAUGGCUGCGGGAGAUCCUCAUCUGCAGGAACAAGUUUCUGCUCAAGAACAAGGAGUGUGCCACUGUGGGCGGCGGGAUCCCCAUCUGCCGGCAGGCACAGACAAAGCUUGAGGUGUGUCUCUACAUGUUCCUGUGGAGUCCAGACACCGAGGCGGUGCUGGUGGCCAUGUCAUGUUUCCGCCACCUCUGUGAGGAGGCUGACAUCCGCAGCGCCGCUGAUGAGGUUCCUGUCCAGACCAUUCUGCCCAACUACCCCACCUUCAGUGAACUGGCCUCUGUCAGUAACAUGAUGGGAACAGGGAGGUCCACCUUGCAGAAGAGGGUGAUGGCACUGCUGAGGAGGGUAGAGCAUCCCACACCAGGCAACAUUGAGGCUUGGGAGGACACAUAUGCUAAGUGGGACCAGGCCACCAAACAGAUUCUCAACUUCCCCAAAAACAAGGCAGAUGAUGGACAGCAGGAGUGGAUCAACAUGACGGGCUUCCUGUGUGCUCUGGGCGGUGUAUGUCUCCAACAGCGCAGCACCCCUGGGCCAGCCACCUAUAGCCCACCUAUGGGCCCCAUGAGCGAGCGCAAACACUCCAUGAUCUCCAUGGGCCCCUGCGAUGUGUCCAACCCCGUGGCCUCUGCCUCUUCUUGCUCCUCAUCGGCCUCCAGCGAGACGCCCGUCAGCCGCUUUCUGGACCGGCUGCUGGCCCUGCUGGUAUGUGGCCAUGACAGGGUCGGCCUCCACGUUCGCACCAACGUAAAGGACCUGCUGGGUCUGGAGCUUAGCCCUGCCCUCUACCCGAUGCUGUUCAACAAGCUGAGAAACAGCAUUGGCAAGUUCUUUGACACACAGGGCCCGGUUCCUAUUAACGAUACUAACACCCAGUUUGUGGAGCAGACCAUAGCCAUCAUGAAGAACCUGUUAGAUAACCACACAGAGGGCAGCUCUGAACACCUGGGACAGGCCAGCAUCGAGACCAUGAUGCUCAACCUGGUCAGGUAUGUGCGCAUCCUGGGAAACGUGGUUCAUGCGAUCCAGAUCAAAACCAAGCUGUGCCAGCUGGUGGAGGUGAUGAUGGAGAGACGAGAUGACCUGUCCUUCUGCCAGGAAAUGAAGUUCAGGAACAAGAUGGUGGAGUACCUGACAGACUGGGUGAUGGGAACCUCCAACCAAGCUGCUGAUGAUGACAUCAAGUGUCUGACAAGGGAUCUGGACCAGGCCAGUAUGGAGGCAGUAGUGUCUCUGUUAGCUGGUCUUCCUCUGCAGCCAGAGGAGGGAGACGGAGUAGAACUUAUGGAGGCCAAAUCGCAGCUCUUCCUCAAGUACUUCACCCUGUUCAUGAACUUGCUGAAUGACUGCAGUGAGGUGGAGGAUGAGGGCCAAGCAGUGGGGGGACGAAAGAGAGGAAUGUCCCGCCGCCUGGCCUCCCUUCGACACUGCACUGUCCUGGCCAUGUCCAACCUGCUCAAUGCUAACGUAGACAGCGGCCUCAUGCACUCCAUCGGUCUUGGUUACCACAAGGACCUGCAGACUAGAGCCACCUUCAUGGAAGUGCUGACCAAGAUCCUGCAGCAGGGAACAGAGUUUGACACGCUGGCAGAGACAGUUCUGGCUGAUCGCUUUGAGAGGCUGGUGGAGCUGGUCACCAUGAUGGGAGACCAGGGAGAGCUGCCCAUCGCCAUGGCACUGGCUAAUGUGGUUCCUGGGUCCCAGUGGGAUGAGCUAGCCCGAGUCCUGGUGACGCUGUUUGAUUCUCGCCACCUCCUCUACCAGCUGCUAUGGAACAUGUUCUCUAAAGAGGUGGAGCUGGCCGACUCCAUGCAGACUCUUUUCAGAGGAAACAGCCUGGCCAGCAAAAUAAUGACCUUCUGUUUCAAGGUAUAUGGUGCAGCAUACUUGCAGAAGCUACUGGAGCCUUUAUUAAGAGGGGUCAUCACCACCCAUGAACACAUCAGCUUUGAGGUGGACCCCACGAGGCUGGAACAAGGAGAGAACCUGGAGGAGAACCAGCGGAACCUCCUGCAGAUCACGGAGCGCUUCUUCCAGGCCAUCAUCGGUUCAUCCAGCGAGUUCCCCCCACAGCUGCGCAGUGUCUGCCACUGUCUCUACCAGGCUACUUGCCACUCUCUACUGAAUAAAGCAACAGUAAAAGAAAAAAAGGAAAACAAAAAAGCAGUGGUGAGUCAGCGGUUCCCACAGAACAGCAUUGGUGCAGUGGGCAGCGCCAUGUUUCUGCGCUUUGUCAACCCAGCUAUCGUGUCUCCCUAUGAGGCCGGCAUUUUGGACAAGAAGCCCUUGCCUAGGAUAGAACGGGGUCUCAAGCUCAUGUCCAAGAUUCUGCAGAGCAUUGCAAACCAUGUAUUGUUUACAAAAGAAGAACACAUGAGGCCUUUCAAUGAUUUUGUGAAGAGCAACUUUGAUUCAGCCAGAAGGUUUUUCUUGGACAUUGCAUCUGACUCUCCACCCAGUGACUCGGUCAACCACAGUCUGUCCUUUAUCAGUGACGGGAACGUGCUGGCCCUCCACCGCCUGCUGUGGAACAACCAGGAGAGGAUUGGCCAGUACCUCUCCAGUAAUAGAGACCACAAGGCUGUAGGCAGGCGACCUUUUGACAAGAUGGCGACCCUGCUGGCCUACUUGGGACCUCCUGAACACAAACCUGUGGCUGACACUCACUGGUCCAGUCUCAACCUGACCAGUUCCAAGUUUGAGGAGUUUAUGACCAGGCACCAGGUCCAUGAGAAGGAGGAGUUCAAAGCCUUAAAGACCCUCAACAUCUUCUACCAGGCAGGAACCUCCAAGACUGGCAACCCAGUCUUCUACUACGUAGCCCGCAGGUUCAAAACAGGCCAGAUCAAUGGUGACCUGCUCAUCUACCAUGUCCUCCUCACCCUCAAACCCUACUAUGCUAAGCCCUACGAGAUAGUAGUAGACUUAACACAUGUAGGACCCAGCAAUCGCUUUAAGACCGACUUCCUGUCAAAGUGGUUUGUGGUCUUUCCUGGGUUUGCCUAUGAGAACGUAGCAGCUGUCUAUGUCUACAACUGCAACACCUGGGUGAGGGAGUACACUAAGUACCAUGAGCGGCUGUUGACGGGAUUGAAGGGCAGCAAACGGCUCCAGUUCAUUGACUCUCCUGCCAAGCUGGCCGAGCACAUUGAACCCGACCAACAGAAGCUGCCUGCAGCCACACUGACCCUGGAGGAAGACCUUAAAGUGUUCCAUAAUGCCCUCAAGCUGGCCCACAAAGACACCAAGGUCUCAAUAAAGGUAGGCUCGACUGCAGUUCAGGUGACCUCAGCUGAGCGGACACGUGUCCUUGGCCAGCCCGUCUUUCUCAAUGAUGUGUACUACGCCUCAGAGAUUGAAGAGAUUUGCCUGGUGGAUGAGAGCCAGUUCACCCUUACCAUGGCCAACCAGGGCACACCGCUCACAUUCAUGCACCAGGAGUGUGAUGCCAUUGUCCAGUCCAUCAUCCAUAUCCGGACACGCUGGGAGCUGUCACAGCCUGACUCCAUCCCUCAGCACACCAAGAUCCGACCAAAAGAUGUUCCUGGCACUCUGCUCAACAUUGCUCUGCUGAAUCUGGGCAGUUCUGACCCCAGCCUCAGGUCAGCGGCUUACAAUCUAUUGUGUGCUUUGACCUGCACCUUCAACCUAAAGAUAGAGGGCCAGCUACUGGAGACAUCUGGCCUUUGCAUCCCAGCUAACAACACCCUUUUCAUAGUGUCCAUCAGCAAGACUCUGGCUGCCAACGAGCCUCAUCUGACGCUUGAGUUUCUGGAGGAGUGCAUCUCAGGCUUCAGCAAGUCCAGUAUUGAGCUAAAGCAUCUCUGCCUGGAGUACAUGACCCCGUGGCUGCUCAACCUAGUUCGCUUCUGUAAGCACAAUGAUGAUGCCAAGCGCCAGCGUGUCACUGCCAUUUUGGACAAACUCAUCACCAUGACGAUCAAUGAAAAGCAGAUGUAUCCCUCUAUCCAGGCCAAGAUCUGGGGCAGUCUGGGUCAGAUAACAGACCUGUUGGAUGUGGUGUUGGACAGCUUUAUUAAGACCAGUGCCACGGGAGGCCUGGGCUCCAUCAAAGCAGAGGUUAUGGCCGAUACUGCAGUGGCUCUGGCCUCAGGGAAUGUCAAACUGGUGUCCAGCAAGGUUAUCGGUCGGAUGUGUAAGAUCAUAGACAAGACGUGCCUGUCGCCAACACCCACACUAGAGCAACACCUGAUGUGGGACGACAUUGCCAUCUUGGCACGCUACAUGCUCAUGCUGUCCUUCAACAACUCCCUGGAUGUUGCAGCUCACCUGCCCUACCUGUUCCAUGUGGUGACCCUGCUGGUAGCCACGGGCCCUCUGUCCCUCAGGGCCUCCACCCAUGGUUUAGUCAUCAACAUCAUCCACUCCCUCUGCACCUGCUCGCAGCUCAACUUCAGUGAGGAGACAAAGCAGGUUCUGAGGCUGAGCCUGACUGAGUUCUCCCUGCCCAAGUUCUACCUGCUGUUCGGCAUCAGCAAAGUCAAGUCAGCCGCUGUGAUCGCCUUCCGUUCCAGCUACAGAGACCGCUCCUUCUCACCAGGGUCCUACGAGAGGGAGACAUUCGCCCUGUCCUCCCUGGAGACAGUCACUGAGGCCUUGCUGGAGAUCAUGGAGGCUUGUAUGAGGGACAUCCCAGCCUGCAAGUGGUUAGACCAAUGGACAGAGCUCGCACAGAAGUUUGCAUUCCAGUACAACCCGUCUCUCCAGCCCAGAGCGCUGGUGGUGUUUGGGUGCAUCAGUAAGAGGGUUAGCCACAGCCAGAUCAAGCAGAUCAUCCGAAUCCUCAGCAAGGCCAGCCCUCUGCUCAGCAUCGACAGGGGUCUGGAGAGUUGUCUGAAGGGGCCGGACAAUUACAACAGUCAGGUGUUAAUAGAAGCCACAGUCAUUGCUCUGACUAAGCUGCAGCCUCUACUCAGCAAGGAGUCUCCAAUGCACAAAGCUCUGUUCUGGGUGGCAGUAGCUGUGCUGCAGCUGGAUGAAGUCAACCUGUACUCUGCUGGAACAGCUCUGUUGGAGCAGAACCUCCACACUCUGGACACGAUGCGCAUCUUCAAUGAUAAGAGUCCAGAAGAAGUGUUCAUGGAGAUCAGGCAUCCUUUAGAAUGGCACUGUAAGCAGAUGGAUCACUUUGUGGGCCUCAACUUCAAUUCCAACUUCAACUUUGCACUGGUGGGCCACCUACUCAAAGGCUACAGACACCCAUCACCCACCACAGUAGCGAGGACAGUGAGAAUCCUGCACACACUGUUGGCUCUCAUCGGCAAGCAUCUGAAAUGUGACAAGUUUGAGGUCAACACACAUAGUGUAGCCUAUCUGGCUGCACUGCUCACUGUGUCUGAGGAGGUCCGAAGUCGCUGCAGCCUCAAACACAGGAAGUCACUUCUGAUUUCUGAUCUCUCCAUGGACCCAGUACCCAUGGACACCUACUCCAGUCACAUCACAGAUCCCAGCUGCAGAACUCUCCGAGAGACUCAGCCGUGGACGUCACCUCAGGUUUCAGAGCGCUACCUUUCAGCCCAUCACUACCCUACAGUGGGCCAGAUCAGCCCACGAACGCGCAAGUCCAUGAGCCUGGAUAUGGGUCAGCCCUCACAGGCCAACACCAAGAAGCUCCUGGGCACCAGAAAAAGUUUUGAUCAUCUCAUAUCAGACUCUAAAGCACCGAAGAGACCAGAGAUGGAGUCGGGUAUGACCACCCCUCCCAAGAUGAGACGUGUUGCAGAGAACGACUAUGAGAUAGAGACACAACGAAUUGGAAACUCUCACCUACGCAAGGUGUCCGUAUCAGAGUCCAACGUUCUGCUGGAUGAGGAGGUGCUGACUGACCCAAAGAUCCAAGCUCUGCUGCUCACUGUGCUGGCUACCCAGGUCAAAUACACAACUGAUGACUUUGACCAGCGAAUUCUGUACGAAUACCUGGCUGAAGCUAGCGUGGUCUUCCCAAAGGUUUUUCCAGUUGUUCACAACCUGCUGGACUCCAAGAUCAACACUGUGCUGUCCAUGUGCCAGGACACCAACCUACUGAAUCCUGUCCAUGGCAUCGUCCAGAGUGUGGUGUACCAUGAAGAGUCGCCACCCCAGUACCAGCCCUCCUAUUUACAAAGCUUUGGCUUUAAUGGACUUUGGAGGUUUGCCGGGCCCUUCUCAAAGCAAACACAGAUACCAGACUAUGCUGAGCUGAUCGUCAAGUUUCUGGAAGCGUUGAUUGACAGCUACCUGCCUGCAGCUGAUGAGGAGCGAGGGGAGGAGCAGCUGAGGACGCCCACCUCACCCUACCCCCCCACCAGCCAGAGCCAGCUCAGCAUCACUGCCAACCUCAACCUGUCCAACUCCAUGACCUCACUGGCCACCUCGCAGCACUCACCAGGUGUGGAUAAGGAGAACGUCCAGCUCUCCCCCAGUUCUGCUCUGUCCAGCAUGGGUCGUACUCGCCACGGUUCAGCCAGUCAGGUCCAGAAGCAGCGCAGCGCCGGUAGCUUCAAAAGACCCAGCAUUAAGAAGAUCGUCUGAUCAGCCAGAGAACACCCAGUCCCCUCACCCCUCCGCCCCCUCCCACCCCCCAGCCUGCGGGGCCUCAUGCUGCACUCCACUUGCUCUUUUUAUUUCCUUCUCCUUCUUCAUGGUUGCUGUUCUGGCAGUGGAAGUGAUUUGCUGUUUUGCUCUGAGAAGGAAUCUUGGUAUGGACAACCUUUGAGAUGGCUCGCGGAGGAGGAGAAGCUUCUGUUGCCUCCUCGCUGUUCUUCUCUGGAGUCGAUGUUUAAGCUCUUCUUCACAGAUGUUCAAGAGCCGCGUGUCUUCUGCAGUGACAGUGGUCAUACGAGUGAAACUAAUUUUUUUUUUUUUUUUUUAAUCCCUCUGAGGCUGACGGGAAUCCAGUUUGGACAGACAGUUUACACAGGGAGGAGCCACAAAAUGUAGUUUGAUCUGUAACCCAUCUCUUGGCCUUCCUUAUGACUAAUUACUCCUGUGUCAGCCAGAUGACCAAAUGACGGAGGCAUCUGUGAUACGGGACCUUCACUCUGGACCUGCUCGACAUCUCAGCGCCCCUCUCCCAGUCCUGUAUAUAUUUUACAUAGAACACAGAAUAUGUAGAACUAGUUCUUAGUGCUAAUUUAGAUGUUAACGUUUUCUCCAUGGUGUGCCUUUGUCAGGGUUUUUCAAUGUGUACAAUUUGUAAAGUAAAAGUCAAACCUUGCUGGGGACAAAGAACAGGUACUAAUUAUGGAGGCGAGCCGUCCAUAUCACCACGAGUUCACACGAGCUGCCUCAAGACCGGCCUCCAAUGAUCGUCAAAUAUACAAUCAUCCACAUACCCUGUUGCCUGAAGUAUUUAUCCUGUACAGCUACAUAGUGCUACACAAAUCUUCUUUUCAAACACUUUCAGUGUAUUAACAUGAAGACUCCAGAACACUAGGGGAAACACGUAACGCUUUUGUUUAGCUUUUUUGUGUUAGUUCUUUUUAGAAUGAACUGUAUUUUCAGUGGCCUAGUAUUUUAAUUUGUUUACACAGUGACAAGGGAAAUUGUGUAAUAGGCAAUAAUCCUCAACUCUCAAACUCCUUUGUCAACAAUGGAUUUUAUAUGUAACGUGGAUAGGGAGGACACAUCGCCAUGUCAGCUCGCUGCAAUAUGAUGCCAACUCCAGUUACCUUUUGAAUUGAAAAGAGGCUGUCGACAGUGUGAUGGUUGAUCCCAUCACACACACACACACACCCUCCAUUUGUUUCACCUCAACAGUCUUAGCUGGACCCAUAACCAUCAGAGGUUUGUCCUGUGGGCUCUUAAACGGAAAAAAUCUCCCCUAAAAGACACCUUGACACUGUCGUAAUACCUAAACAUACUGUUUCUACAACCUUUGUUGCACAGUAAAGACACAUUCUGCAACAAAAAAUUUAUUAUUUAACAACAAAAGUGAAUUGGACUCCUUCCUAGUCAGUGCUGGGGUUUGAGGUUUUGGUUGUGGUCACAGCAGGGACACUGUAAGAUGUGGUUAAAAGCUCUAGAAACAGCUAGGAAAGUAACCAAUAAGCUGUUCACACUUAAAAUUAAGCCAAACUUCUCAAAAACAUCAAUCUUUCAUAUUGUCUGAGUCAGACAAUUUUUACAGAUUUAUAAUCUUUGCCUUUUCUGAAUAGAAAAUAAAUGAUAAAAGAUGUUAACAAGACUGACCUGAUCAAACAGUACUUGACCUUUUACUAUAUUUGUAGCUACAGACACAGUUCAGUCGCUAGGCAGAAAGAAGUGAGGUCCAUACUAUUGUUUGGCGUAUUUUCUAAUUCCAAUGCAGCACAGAAGAAGGAAGAUGGAAACAUAAACCGUUAACAUCUGGGUUUGGUUUCAGUCCUUCAGACUCAAACACUGAUUCCUGAGCUCCCACUCUGCACCAGGAUCCAUCUGACACAAGUUGAUGAGGUUCCUCAGUAGAAUGGUGGACUUUUCCUUUAAGAGCUUUGGUAAUAACAUGCAGGUUAUUAUUGCUGCAGAGGCGAGCGUUGGUUUUAAAGCAGCUCUCUGUACCCUCAGAGCGCAUGUGGGUGCAGCAGAUCUGCUCUACUUUCGAAAACAUAUUUUGGACAGAUUUGGAUAAUCCUCAAGGAUUUUCUCUCAAGGUAUUGGCCUCACAAAUUCAGCUUUUUGUUUUUCCGCAUUACCACAUAACCAAAAGGUUUGUAAUCCUGUGACAAUACCACUACCUACAGGUUGAUUUGAACUGAUAUGAAUGGGAACCAGUGGCUGCUUGAAGGGUAGAAAGACACACAAAGUGAUCUAAACUAUGGUUUGCUGUGGAAAUGGGUUUAAACCAUCUGUGUACACAUUCUGUUUGGUUGAGCAGGUGUAGAGUGGGACUGUGCUGAUCAGUGCUCCGCUCGCAGCCUCCGUCCACAGCAGGGUUGGUUCUUCAAAACGCUUCUAUCCUGCCUUAACAUCUAUGCAUGGCAAGAGUUUAGUAUUGUUGUAAAACUCUGACUUUAUUUUUGUCUGAGCACUAUCUCCACAUGUGCUGCUCAGUGACAGUUUCUUAACAUAAGUGUUCAUGUUACCUUAUGGAUACAUUUGUGAAUCAGUUCACUACUGAUUUCUUUCUUGUAUUGUAUUGUCUGAGUAUAUUUGUUAUUUUUUUCUGUCCAUGCAGCUCAUUCAGUAAACACAUGAUCAUCAGAUAAAUUCCAUGGAAAGGGACAUUUUCAUUAGACAGCCUUAGAAAGAGUAUUUUGUAAUUCUGCCUCAAAGAAUGACACAAAGGAAAGUUUAAUACUAAAAGGAAUGAUUAAAAACUGAAUUCACUUUUCUUGUUGCCCUCCAUCACUGACGUGUUGUCAGUACUAGGACCAAACCAAGAAAUUAUUUUUCCACUGCUGAAAAUCAGAGCAUUGUUUUGGGCUUCAGAAAGUCAUAUGAUUGCUACCUGAGUUAGUAUGCUUCCAACGAAUUACUUCAUAGAAGGUAUGAUCUGAAUACAUCUGAAGGCAAAAGUCUUAAUACUUGUUCCUAAUGGUCACGGUCAAAGCUUGAACAAAAAUUCUGCCCAUCAUAGAGAGUUGAUGAAUGAUAUAAAUGGGGAUAACGGUGUAAACUUCUCUCCUUGAAAGCACUUGUGGCGUGGCACACAGUUGGGCACAUGAAAGUGAGAGUGGAGAGAAGUUCAAACCCUGCCUACUUCCACAAACUGACUGGCUGAUGUGGUAUUUAAUGAAACAUCUGCCCUUCUUAAAUAGACCAAACUCUAGUUCAACCAUGGGUUUUCAUCAACUUAAGUGGUUAAAGUCACAUUUUCUAACACAGAGGAUGUUUGGUGCGGUGGUGGGUUGGUACAGAGUGGCUCUGAAGGUCCAUGUUGGAAGGAUUUUAGGAUCUAAAAUCAGGGCUGUUGAGGCUGUAAAGGUACACGUUUAUUCAGAUUUCAGUGUCAGAUUCCACAGAAAUGUCUAAUCAUAUAACUUAGUUCAUCGUCUCUACUCACCACUUUUCACUGUCUGUUAACUAACUUAAAGCUACUCUCCCUGAUUUUCUUAAAAAAGCGUCCACAAACCCUAUAUCACAGAAUCAGCGAGUGUAGCUUUAACAAAACAACCAGGAAAAAUCUCAAGGCAAGAUUUUAUUUGAACACCGUGUUAGCAGAUUGCCAUUGUUUCCAGAUUUUAGUCUGAAUUCUGUGUGAAUGAAAAUAAUGAGGAUUAUGUAUCCAUAACCUCUUAAACAAGUGGUUGACUUGCACUAAUUUAAAAAUAGUCAUGGAUUUGUAAAGAUGAAAAACAUCAAAUGUGGCAUGUUUUAUUUGAUGUUAUGCAAAAUCUGUGUGUAGAGUAAUAGUCUUGAGUUUUGUUUUUAAUGCAGUAUGUGUGACAAUUGUAAAUACUUUGUGUACAAUUUGAGAUGGUAUAUUUACUACACUGUACAUAUAUGUGAUAUUGUAUCAUUUUGUUUUUGUAAAGCAGUUAGUUUCUGUAUAAUAAUAUACAAAUUGAACUAUUCCAGUGUUAGUAAUAAAAUGUUUUGCUCUCCA